AUGUUAUUAAUCCCAGUAAACCGUAAAUUAAAUGAUCCAUUUUACAGAUAUAAAAUGCCAAGUGUAGAAGUAACUGUAGAAUCAAAUAAAACAGUAAUAAAAAAUAUUUUAAACAUAUCUAAAUCUAUUUAUAGAUCACCUAAUUUAAUCUUAAAAUACUUAUCAUAUAAGUUGGGAUGUAAAGAUUUACAAGCAAAUCAAAAGUAUUUUUUACAGGGGCAUUUUACUAAUAAACAGAUACAAAGUUACAUUUAUGAUUUUAUUGAUGAGUAUGUUUUAUGUAAGAAAUGUAACAACCCAGAAACAGAAUUUGUAAUUGAUGGAGAAAAAAUUAGCAGGAGAUGUUUAAGUUGUGGUGGUUUUUUAACCCAAUCAGAAAGUAAGUUUAACAAAACUAUUUUAAAAACUAAUGAAGGAGAAUUUAAUGAUAAAAACUAUAAGAAAUUAAGCUUGGUUGGACUGAUAAAUGAACAUCAAGAUAAUCAAAAAGUUUUAUUAGAGUUUUUUAAGAAUAACAAAUUAAGUAUUGAUGAUGUUUUUAAUGAGCUAAUUAAAAGUAAAGAUUUAAUUUAUUUUAAGGGAAUAUUUGAUCAAAUUAGUGAUAAAAAUAGAAUAUUAGAAGAAGUUGAGAAAAUGAUUGAAAAAUUUGAUAAAUGUCAAUUUACAAGAAAAUAUCUAAAAGUAUUAGUUGAAAUAUUUAAUGAAGAAUUUGUAAGAAAUUAUUUUGAAUCCAAAUCAAAUAAAAAAAGACAUCCUCUUAUAAAAAAAGAGGUUAAAUUAUUUUUUAAUUAA